AUGAACCUUUUUGGUGUUCUCAAAUACAAGAAGAUGGGGGAGGAUUUUCUCCAAAAUUCUGGUCUACCAUUUUCAAUCAUCAGAGCUGGAAGAUUGACGGAUGGUCCCUACACAUCAUAUGAUCUAAAUACUUUGCUUAAAGCUACCGCCGGGCAACGGCGCGCAGUUCUUAUCGGUCGAGGGGAUAAACUAGUUGGUGAGGUCAGCAGACUUGUUGUAGCUGAAGCUUGCAUACAAGCGUUGGACAUAGAAUUCACUCGGGGCAAAAUUUACGAAAUCAACUCAAUUGAGGGAGAAGGACCGGGAAGCGAUCAGCAAAAGUGGCGAGAACUAUUCGAAGCCGUGGAAACAAAGUAAUUAGAUACACAUUUCAUUGGUUCUUCUCCCUUUAUGUAUCUAUUUAAGAUGAUGUUGCAAAGAGUAAAAUUGCGGGUGACACAUAAAUUGCCUAUGAAAUGUAUAUAGACAUCAUACAUGAUAUUUUUGGUGUUCUUCUUCUGUUAUUUCCUGGCGUUCGCAACUC